AUGUAUUUAUUUCUUCUCAACUUGUUAGUGCUGGUGGCCAAGACAAAGAAAGAUAAUUCUAUUCGUGUUAACGUUGGUAAAUUAAUUAAAGUGAUUGAAAAUGGUAGAUUGGAUUCAGAUAUUAAAACUAAAAUUGUUGGCGGUAGUACACCGCCACCAACAUCACGUGUUUGGGAAGAAUGGAAAAAUUAUGGUUAUAAAUGUAUCCUAGGGGCUCGAUCAUGGGAAAAUAAAGAAGUCUUUUUAGAUGAUAUGUUACAUGCACAAAUCUUAACACUGCUAACAGAUCAUGAAGAUAAUAAUAGUCACCGACAACCGCACCAUCGUCAUCAACAAGUCUUAGUUUUAGUUACUGGUGAUGGUAAUGAUAAUUAUAAACGUGGUACAAGUUUUCCUGCUAUAUUAUUAAAAGCAUUAAAACGUCAAUGGCAUGUUGAACUAUGGUCAUGGGAAAAAGCAUUGAAUGGAAAAUUUUUAGAUAUUCAAAAAACUUAUCCUAAAUUAAUGAAAAUUAAAUAUUUUGAUUUGCAUAGAAAGAAAAUAACAUUUACACAAAAACAAACCAAAACGACAAUCAACUAG